AUGAAUCCUCCAAGUAUCGAUUCUGCAGCUCGCAUGGUUGGCCAUAGCAAUGCAGGAACCAACUCUCGACAAGUAGAGCCAUAUCAUAUUCCUCGACCGAUCAACGCGGCAUCUUCUGACGAAUUGACAGCCGUCGUUCUUAGUUGCUUCCUGCCUAAACUCCAGAAGAGCCUGCCAUCGUUUGAUACAAGCACAAGCCAGGUUUGUGGAUCUUGGGUAGAGAUGUUGCCUAGCAUCGUAGCUCGUGCCCACUCCGGAGAGCUGAUUACAGCAGCGACUAGGGCCUUUGGAACUAUCAUACUUGACAGAGGUCCGGAAGGAAAACACAAGAUAUUCCACGCUAUCGAAGAGUACGUUGCUACAUUGCAAAAGCUAAACAUUGCCCUACAGUCGUCUGAGAGCUUCUUCAAAAUAGAAACUGCGGCUGCCAUUUUAUGUUUGGCUAUGGUAGAGUUAAUGCUCCCAAAGUCAGAGGGCAAUACUUUCGCACAUUUUGGAGGACUCGGUGCACUGAUCAAUAUGUAUUCCCCCGAGGUGUUUAGUUCCGGCGACUUUCAUCUCAUUUUCUUGGGUUGUCGAUCUGUUCUUUUAUUCCAAGCUUUGAAUGCGCGGAAAUCGUCUUUCCUUGGUCAAGAAGAGUGGCUGACAACGCCGUUCCGCCAUCACUUACCUUCCGACAUGCAAAAGCUCAUUGGGGAUGUCGCUGUCCUUCCAUCUAUACUGGAGGAGAUAGAUACUCUGCAAGCCCUGCCUCCAGAUGCAGCGGUGCAGAGAGCUUACAUGGCAAAAAUAGCCCUGUCUGGGGUUCAUGAUCGCUUAUCGAAAUGGGACGGCCGAUUUGGAAAAGAAGAGAAAUCUAACCAUGAAUUUCUGCAACACACAGAUAUCACAGAUCGAUGGAAAGACGAAGUAUUAGAUUUCUGGUUUUCGAGCCUGCUUGCAGCAAACGUAUAUACCCAUAUGUGGGAUUUUCAGAUCAUCUGUCGCACCGAAAUAGCAGAAUUGAGUUCAUUUGUUCGUGACUGCAAUGGAUACGGUAUUGCGAGAGUAGGAAAGGCGCGCGAAGAACACGAUCCAAGGCUACUUGCGUUGGCUACUAGAAUCUACCAAUGUAUGGAAUAUUUGUUACAAGACGAGAUGAUGCUCUACGGGCCGGCUGCUGCGAUUUUUCCUUUAAAGACUGCGUACAAUGUGUUGAUCAGAGAUAUGGACGGCAACAAAGAACAGAUCAAGCGUUGUUGGAAGUACUUCGAUCGGGUUUGCGGCAAAGGGUUUUUAAGCGCAUCUGUUGGCACAAUAUAA